AUGUUACUCGAGUUCGCGUAUGCAGAAGCGCUCUGGGAUGAAGUUUUCAGGUCCUGGGUGACUAAGUCUAUCGAAGGAACACCGACUGAAGUGUCGGACAAGCUUUCAUUCAUUGCUCCAAAUGCCGUUCAACGAUUAGUCUCUCAGGUUUUCAUACAUGAUCUUAUUCGCAAGAACAUAGAUAGCUUCGAAAGGUUAGAGAAGGCUGGGUUUAAGGUGAACGCCUUUGGUGAUCCAUACUGGCAUAUUCUCGAGCGUAUCAAAGUAAAAUCUGAUGCCACCUUGACACACUACACGCCGUCAGGCCUGCGAUUCUCCGAUAGCACAGAGAUUCCGGCCGAUCUAGCUAUAUUUGCAACAGGCUUUGACCCGAAUAUUCAAAAUAUCAUCCGCGAGUACUUCGGGAAGAGUGUUGCAGAUGAAAAUGGUCGAUUCUCUUAUAUGGACGAUGAGGGAGAGCUUGAAGGAGCCUACAAAUUCAAUCAAGCUGGAUUGGCCUGUAUUGGUGGAGCAAUUGGACCCUCACGCUGGUUUUCCAGAUUUGUCGUACUCCACAUGAAAGCAAAGCUUACAGGACAUCCACUAGUCGUGUACUCGAAGCAUUAG